AUGGGUGCUGGUAAGAGACUAAAAAGUCUCAAAAACCAGUACAAACUCCCCUUUAUUUGCAUUAAAGAACCCAAGAGGAAAGCCAAGCACAUCACUAAGUUACCUCUAUGGGAGGAACUUCAAGUCCUAUCUACCACGCUGAAGGGACCAUGGGGUGUCAUAGGUGAUUUCAAUGUGAUCACUAGCCCUGAAGAAAAGCAUGGUGGUGCUUGCUACAAUAUGCAAAAGAGUGUUUUCAUGGUGCCUAGUACACUUGGUGCAACAACUGAGGGCACCCAAGAACAAUCUGGAAAAAACUCGAUAGAUUGCUCAUUAAUGAAGAAUGUCAAAGAUGUUUGGAUUGUCAAUACCCAGGGUACUGCCAUGUGGAAACAGCACAAUAAGAUGAAAGUUGUAGCAACUAAACUUAGCUCUUGGUCUAGAGAGACCUUUGGAGACAUUUUUAAGGAUGUCAAGGAGGCUGAGAAACAGGUCACUGAGCUGGAAAAGAAACUUACUGAAAACAAUAAUGAGGAAAAUAGAGCUAAUCUCAGCAAGACAAAAGCUGACUUCAUCAGACUUUUGAAAAAUCAGGAUGAGAUUUAUAGGCAGAAGGCUAAGACUAGGUGGCUAAAAGAUGGGGAUAAAAAUACCUCCUACUUUCACAAAGUGAUCAAAGACAGAAGAAGGAAGUUGAAUAUCCAAAGCAUACAAGACAAUGAAGGACAUAAGAUUGAAGGACAUCAAAACAUUGCUACAACAACCAUCAAGCACUUUGAGGGUCUGUUUAGUUAUCAGGAAGCCAAGGGAAGUUUCAGAAUCUUGGACAUAGUUCCUAAGCUAGUUACAGAAGAGAUGUAUGCAAUGCUGAUAGCCAUCCCAACCCCCAGGAAGUAA